CGCUGCGUGGCCGUGGCCAUGGCCGGGAACAGCCUGGUGCUGCCCAUCGUGCUGUGGGGCCGGCGCGCCCCCACGCACUGCGUGUCCUCCCUGCUGCUCGUGGAUGGCUCCGUCAUCGUCACCGGCUGCCAUGACGGGCAGAUCUGCCUGUGGGACCUGGCUGCUGACCUGCAGAUCAAUCCCAGAGCUCUGCUCUUUGGUCAUACAGCCUCAGUUACUUGUUUAUCCAAGGCCUCAGCUUCCAGUGAAAAGCAAUAUAUAGUGAGUGCAUCAGAGAGUGGGGAGAUGUGCCUGUGGGAUGUGAAUGAUGGCAGGUGCAUCGAGUUCACCAAGCUGGCCUGUGCGCACACAGGCAUCCAGUUCUACCAGUUCACAGUGGGCACACAGCGAGAAGGGAGGCUCCUGUGCCAUGGACAUUAUCCUGAAAUUCUGGUCGUGGAUGCAACCAGCCUUGAAGUUCUUUAUUCUUUGAUAUCCAAGAUCUCUCCUGACUGGAUCAGCUCCAUGACCAUCAUCCGGUCCAACAGGACACAAGAGGACACUGUCGUGGCUGUGUCUGUGACUGGCAUCCUCAAAGUCUGGAUCAUCACCUCAGAAGUCAGUCGGAUGCAGGACACCAGCCCCGUGUUUGAGGAGGAAUCCAAGCCCAUCUACUGCGAGAACUGCCAGAGCAUUUCCUUCUGCACCUUCACCCAGCGCUCGCUCCUGGUCGUGUGCUCCAAGUACUGGAGGGUUUUUGAUGCUGGAGAUUAUUCCCUCUUAUGCUCAGUGCCCAGUGAAAAUGAGCAGACCUGGACUGGUGGGGACUUUGUGGCAGCUGAUAAAGUGAUUGUAUGGACAGAGGAUGGGCAAAGUUUCAUCUAUAAAUUACCAGCCAGCUGCCUCCCAGCCAGUGAUUCAUUCCGUAGGGAUGUGGGGAAAGCAGUGGAAAACUUGAUUCCACCUUUAUUGUACAGCGUGCUGGACAGAGCAGAGAAACAGCUCCUAAUAUGUCCUCCAGUGACUCGGUUCUUCUGUGGCCAGAGAGAGUUUUCCUACAGGCUCUUAAUCCAAGGAGACUCUUCAGGGAGAUUGAGCAUUUGGAGCGUGCCUGACACCCUUGACCAGCAGGAGGGUGCAAAAGGGCUGCAAGCGAGCACAUCCAUGUCCCUGCAGGAAGCCUUUGACCAGCUGAGCCCCCGUCCCGCGGGCAUCAUCGACCAGCUGAGCGCGGCGGGCGAGCCGCUGCGGGUCACGGCCAGCGUGUACAUGCCAGCCCACGGGCGGCUGGCGUGCGGCCGCGAGGAUGGCAGCAUCGUCAUCGUGCCGGCCACACAGACCGCCAUCGUGCAGCUGCUGCAGGGAGAGCACACCCUGCGCCGAGGCUGGCCCCCUCACCGGACUCUGCGAGGCCACCGGAACAAGGUGACGUGUUUGCUGUACCCUCACCAGGUGUCCUCCCGCUACGACCAGAGGUACCUGAUCUCAGGUGGCGUGGAUUUCUCUGUCAUUGUCUGGGAUAUCUUCUCAGGAGAGAUGAAACACAUCUUCUGUGUGCAUGGAGGAGAAAUCACCCAGCUGCUCGUUCCACCAGAAAACUGCAGUGCCAGAGUCCAGCACUGUGUUUGCUCUGUUGCCAGUGAUCACUCUGUGGGUCUGCUGAGUCUGAGGGAGAAAAAAUGCAUCAUGCUGGCCUCUCGCCACCUCUUCCCAAUCCAGGUGAUCAAGUGGAGGCCAUCUGAUGAUUACCUGGUGGUGGGGUGCUCUGACGGCUCCGUGUACGUCUGGCAGAUGGACACAGGGGCUCUGGACCGCUGUGUGAUGGGGAUCACAGCCGUGGAGAUCCUCAGUGCCUGUGACGAGGCUGUCCCAGCUGCUGUGGACUCCCUGAGCCACCCUGCUGUCAACCUGAAGCAGGCCAUGACCCGCCGCAGCCUGGCUGCCCUCAAGAACGUGGCUCACCAGAAGCUCCAGACCCUGGCCACCAACCUGCUGGCCUCUGAGGCCUCAGAUAAGGGGAAUUUGCCAAAAUACUCCCAUAACUCCCUGAUGGUUCAGGCCAUCAAGACAAACCUAACAGAUCCAGACAUCCACGUGCUGUUCUUUGAUGUGGAGGCCCUGAUCAUCCAGCUGCUGACUGAGGAGGCCUCUCGUCCCAACACUGCCCUGGUGUCCCCUGAGAAUCUGCAGAAAGCUUCUGGUGCCUCUGACAAGGGAGGCUCCUUCCUCACGGGCAAGCGAGCGGCCGUGCUCUUCCAGCAGGUCAAGGAGACCAUCAAGGAGAACAUCAAGGAGCACCUCCUGGAUGAUGAGGAUGAGGAUGAAGAGGCCAUGAGGCAGAGGAGGGAAGAUGGAGACCCGGAAUAUCGCUCCAGCAAAUCCAAACCUCUGACUUUGCUGGAAUAUAACCUCACCAUGGAUACAGCCAAGCUCUUCAUGUCCUGCCUGCACGCCUGGGGCCUCAACUCCGUGCUGGACGAGCUGUGCCUGGAUCGCCUGGGCAUGCUGAAGCCACACUGCUCCGUGUCCUUCGGCCUCCUGUCCCGAGGUGGCCACAUGUCCCUGAUGCUGCCUGGCUACAACCAGCCCGUGGGGCAGCUGCAGGAGCUGGGCAGGAAGGUGGCAGUGCCAGAGGGUUUGGGCAAGGGCACGUACGGCGUGUCACGGGCCGUCACCACGCAGCACCUGCUGUCCGUCAUCUCGCUGGCCAACACGCUGAUGAGCAUGACCAACGCCACCUUCAUCGGGGACCACAUGAAGAAGGGUCCCAGCAGGCCACCCAGGCCAGGCACCCCCGAGAUGGCCAAGGUGAAGCCCCCGCCUCCAGUGUCCAGCCAUGCAGCACAAGGGCAAAUCAAACAAGCUGUUGCUCCUGCUGCUGCUCCCAGCACGGAAUCUGGGCACUCUGACACUUCUGCUUUCCAUUCCUGUUUCUUAGUCAACGAAGGCUGGAGCCAGCUGGCUGCCAUGCACUGUGUGAUGCUCCCAGACCUGCUGGGGCUGGAGAAAUUCCGGCCCCCUCUGCUGGAGAUGCUGGCACGGAGGUGGCAGGAUCGGUGCCUGGAGGUUCGAGAGGCAGCACAGGCGCUGCUGCUGGCCGAGCUGCGCAGGAUCGAGCAGGCGGGGCGCAAGGAAACCAUCGACACCUGGGCUCCGUACCUGCCCCAGUACAUGGACAGCGUCAUCUCCCCUGGAGUGACCACAGAAGCCCUUCAGGCUGCCACUGCCAGCCCAGAUCCCUCAGGAACGGAAGCCAAAGUGCAGGAGGAGGAGCACGACCUGGCUGAUGAUGACAUUGCAGCAGGCUGCCUGCCCGGGCUCCCCCAGCCCAAGAAGAUGUGCACGUCGUACGAGGAGAGGCGCAAGCAGGCCACGGCCAUCGUGCUGCUGGGCGUCAUCGGCGCCGAGUUCGGGGCCGAGAUCGAGCCGCCCAAGCUGCUGAGCCGGCCCCGCAGCUCCAGCCAGGUCCCCGAGGGCUUCGGCCUCACCAGUGCGGGCUCCAACUACUCCCUGGCCAGGCACACCUGUAAGGCCCUGACGUUCCUGCUGCUGCAGCCGCCCAGCCCGCGGCUCCCGGCGCACAGCACCAUCCGCAGGACCGCCAUCGACCUCAUCGGCCGCGGCUUCACCGUGUGGGAGCCCUACAUGGACGUGUCUGCCGUGCUCAUGGGGCUGCUGGAGCUCUGCGCCGACGCCGAGAAGCAGCUAGCCAACAUCACAAUGGGGCUGCCCCUGAGCCCUGCAGCCGACUCGGCUCGCUCGGCUCGCCACGCGCUGUCCCUGAUCGCCACGGCCCGCCCGCCCGCCUUCAUCACCACCAUCGCCAAGGAGGUGCACAGGCACACAGCCCUGGCAGCCAACACCCAGUCCCAGCAGAACAUCCACACCAGCACGCUGGCCCGUGCCAAGGGCGAGAUCCUGCGCGUCAUCGAGAUCCUCAUUGACAAGAUGCCCACGGACGUCGUGGACCUGCUGGUGGAGGUGAUGGAUAUCAUCAUGUACUGCCUGGAAGGAUCUUUGGUUAAGAAAAAGGGUCUUCAGGAAUGUUUUCCAGCCAUCUGCAGGUUCUACAUGGUGAGUUACUACGAGCGCAGUCACCGCAUCGCUGUGGGCGCACGCCAGGGCUCCGUGGCCCUGUACGACAUCCGCACGGGCAAGUGCCAGACUAUCCAUGGCCACAAAGGACCCAUCACUGCCGUGGCUUUUGCCCCUGAUGGUCGGUACCUGGCCACCUACUCCAACUCUGACAGCCACCUGUGCUUCUGGCAGAUGAACACGUCCCUGCUGGGCAGCAUUGGCAUGCUGAACUCGGCGCCGCAGCUGCGCUGUGUGAAGACGUUCCAGGUGCCCCCGGUGCCGCCGGCGUCGCCCGGCUCGCACGGCGCGCUGCGCCUGGCACGGCUCAUCUGGACCUCCAACCGCAACAUCAUCCUCAUGGCCCACGACGGCAGGGAGCACCGCUUCAUGGUCUAGAGCCUCCCAGAAUGUCAGUGUUUACCAAAACCACUGUUUGUUUACAUGGACCAUGGAAUGCUGCUGGUGCUGUCCCCGGAGCCAGGUACCUGCCUGGGAGUGGGGGGCUGGAAUUCUGGGGGUGUGCUGAUCCCAAGGGGGUGAAAUCCCCAUUUCUGAGGGGAUUGGAAGUGCUGCUGUGCCCAGGCUGGAAGGAAAAAUGCUAGUCCACGUGUAAAUAAGUAAUUUAAAAAUCCUGUUAAUGGCAGGCUUGGAGAAAAGCAGUAUUUAUAUAGAAAGGUGGUUUUUGCCACCAGUGCAGGUAUUUAUUUAAAUAAAGGACAAAGGGGGCCAUUUUGAAUGGAAAAAGGAUCAAAAUUAUGGAAAAAAUGAAUUAUUGACUGGAUGUACUGAAAUAUUUCCUUCAGUAGGAAUAUUCCUGUGUGACACUCGCUGUUACUGUGUUUCCUUCUUACAUAUCUGAUUUUGUGGAAUAUUUUGUGUGCAAUUUGCUGGUUUCUGCUCAUGGGAAAGAGAAAAAAGUCUUUCAAAUCC